AUGGCUUUUGGAUACAAAAAAGUCCUGAUCAUCGGCGCCACCUCCGGGAUUGGCAGAACACUAGCCGACAAAGUCGUCCAAAAUGAAUCGAAGCUAAUUGUGGCCGGUCGCAGAAAGGAGAAACUCGAUGAGAUCGUCCAGCAAUAUGGCAGCGACAAGAGCUCUGCAAAGGCAUUUGACGUUACGCAGCUCGAGCAGGUAAGGUCGCCCAGCAAAGCGAGAUAUGGCCCCCAACUAACAAUGAAACCAAAGAUCCCGCGAUUUGCCUCAGAGAUCAUUUCCGAGAACCCCGAUCUGGAUUGCAUUUUCGUCAACUCGGGUAUCCAACGACCCUUCGAUUUCUCCAAGCCGGAAACCGUCGACCUGGACAUCUUCGACCAAGAACUGAUCACGAACUAUACGUCCGCGGUCCGCAUAGCCAAAGCAUUCCUCCCACACUUGCAGAGCCAGAAGACUGCAACCGCCAUCGCAUUCACGACGUCGCAAAUGGCGCUCGUGCCCAUGAUGCGAUGCCCGAAUUACGGCGCUUCCAAGGCUGCUCUGCACCAUUUCAUCCUUGCCCUCCGCACUCAGCUGCAGGAUGGUCCCGGGGAUGUUAAUGUUUUGGAGAUUUAUCCUCCGGCUGUGCAGACUGAGCUUCAUGAUACUAAGCAUCAGCCUGAUUUGAAGGAUGGUCAUUUGAUUGGGAUGCCGCUGCAGGAAUUUGUUGAUGAGGUUUGGGCUCGGAUUUCAGAGGGCGCGGAUCAAAUCCCUGUCGGGUCUGCGAGGGAUAUUUACAACGCGUUCGAGGUCAAGAGGCAGGAGUUGUAUCGAGACAUGACGGAGUUGCUUUCUGGGUUGUUGAAGCAGUUUUUGAGGUAG